GGCAAGUUUAUUCCACUAGAUACCACUAAAUCCUACACACUGCACCUUGAAGCCCAUCACAAUAAAACAGUGUCCAAUGACCUUUUUGAUAAAGUAUGUUGUCUCAGUAACGCAGUUUUGAAUAUGAGGAUAAUACAUAAGGUCACAGUUUUUCAAGAUUGUGCAUUUUUAUCUGUUAGCUCAGUUUGUACACAGUUAUGUUCUUUGAUAUGCAAUGUGGUUUCCACCAAAGAAACAGCAGUGAGAAAUAUGCUUUAGUGUAAAUAUCCACUUGACAUGUAUUGUUCUGUCUUAAUCUAUGGCAGUGAGCCUGUUCUUGGUGGCUGACCAUUCAGAACAAAGAGUUUCAGAGGUUUCCAGCCACAGACCGCUCUAUGUUUCAAAAACCCUAUGACCACACCUCAUACCCAAGACCCUCCUUAGCUGUCCCGCCCUGCCUUUAUAACGGACUCAAUGAAUUGGCACACUUAUCUUUUAGAACCAGAGAUAUCUUGGGGUGGAGGUCCUGAAGAAGGAGGGGGGUGUCCGGUAAAAAAGACCUCUGUUCAGUUUCUUGAGGCUAUAUGACCUCAGUACUGCUCCUUACCAAGACACAGCAAGCUGUCUCAGCCACACAGUGGACACAAUAGCCUCUACAGUGCAGACGCUCAGCGCGGACACAGAGAAUUAUGGAGGAAGGACCUUACAAGUACAUCAGGGAUGGGAAUGGCAAAGUCAGUCGGGUCAUCCGGAUUGGAACCCGCAAGAGCCAGCUGGCUCGCAUUCAGACCGACAGCGUGGCGGACAAGUUGAAAGAACUGUACCCUGACAUCCAUGUGGAAAUUGUUGGCAUGUCAACAACAGGAGACAAAAUCCUUGACACAGCUUUAUCAAAGAUUGGAGAGAAGAGUUUGUUCACCAAAGAGUUGGAGAAUGCUCUGGAGAGGAAUGAGGUUGAUCUGGUUGUCCACUCACUGAAAGACCUUCCCACCACUCUGCCUCCAGGAUUCACCAUCGGAGCUGUGCUGAAGAGAGAAAACCCCCAUGAUGCAGUGGUCCUACAUCCAAAACAUGCAGGGAAAACUCUUGACACUCUGCCAGAAAACAGUGUGAUUGGCACCAGUUCACUGCGCCGUGCUGCUCAGCUGAAGAAGAGAUUCCCCCACUUGGAGUUCAAAGAUAUUCGAGGGAACCUGAACACACGGCUGAAGAAGCUGGAUGAGAAGGAGGACUUUGCUGCCAUCAUCCUGGCUGCUGCCGGCCUCAGGAGGAUGGGCUGGGAAAACCGGAUCAGCCAGAUCCUGGGCCCUGAAGACUGCAUGUAUGCUGUUGGGCAGGGGGCUCUGGCAGUGGAGGUUCGGGCCAGAGAUACAGACAUCUUGGAGAUGGUGUCCGUCCUCCAUGACCCGGACACUGUGCUGCGCUGCAUAGCUGAGAGAGCCUUCCUCAGGCACCUGGAGGGUGGCUGCAGUGUUCCAGUGGCUGUACACACUGAAGUGAAAGACACCCAGGUAAGAAGGCUCUACCUAACGGGGGCAGUGUACAGCCUGGAUGGAUCAGACAGUCUGAAGGAAACCAUGCAGACGAACAUCGCUCCUGCUGACAAGAGCCUUGAAGAGGUGGACGAGCGGGUCCAGCGAGUGGGAGUCACUGCCUGCAAGAUCAACGGUGGAGCCCAGGACAAUGCUGAGCGUUUGGGGGUCGACCUGGCCAACUUACUGCUGAGCAAAGGAGCCAAGGAGAUCCUGACGGUGGCCAGGCAGCUCAACGACGCCAGAUAAUCCCGCCCGGUUGAGGGGCAGGGCUCUGAAGGUGAACGGGUCCUCGAGUGCAGUCAGUCAUGGCCUUGUGUCAAAUAAAACUUGAAUUACUUUUUUUUUUUUAUGUUCCACAUUUGAUGUUACAUGAGCAAUACUGCUUGGAACAAAGUUGUGCUCAGUGUGGUACAACGCUGCUAGAUUUUUCAGUCACUGCUCUCUGUAGCACUCUUGGUCUUGGUUCAGGUUCCAGCCCAUUCGUCCACACAGUACCUCAAGGAACCAUCUCUUGAGCUGUGUUGAAAAAGCCUCACUGGAAUUACCAGAAAGAAACACAAAAUGGCCUUCAAACAAUGCCAUCAUCACUUACAAUAGCAUCACUAGCUCAUGGUUAAACCCUUCAUUGUUUUUUAAAGCAUAUCAAUAUAAUAAAUGAAAUGCUACUAAAGUUCUGUAUUCUCAAACACUUUCCUCAUACCCAUGAUGUUUUUCAGCAUCCGUUAUUGUUCCCCACAAGCAGGAAAAAAGAGAAGUUCCUUUGCUGUAUAGACUCAUUUGGAGAGGAGGUGACUUUUGAUGGUACCAAAGAUGAGUUUAGUACAGUAUAUCGGCACAUUUUGUGCUACCGAGCAGCCAACACUGCAGUGAUAUGGAGCUCAUUUAGGUGCAAAAUUUGAGAAAUGUACA